AUGCCGCGCGAUCACGGCGCCGAUGAGAGCACUUCUGGCCUCUGGAUGAAAACGUCUCCGGGUCGCCGGACCGAGAACUACGGUCUGAAGGAUGUGGAGAGCUGCCGCAAGGCGAUAAGCAACGUGGAGGGAGGGAGCAGAGUGCGCGGGGCUCGGCUCAGUCUGCUCGGUAAACCGCUGGCGUACGGAGCGCAGAGUGGCCGCAGGAACGCGCGCUACCGCAAACUGCAAAACUACCUGUACAACGUGCUGGAAAGACCCCGAGCAUGGGCCUUCAUCUACCACGCUUUCGUUUUCAUCCUGGUGUUUGGCUGUCUGGUCCUGUCUGUGUUUUCCACUAUCCCGGAUCACAUAGACCUAUCCAACCACUGCCUGCUAAUACUGGAGUUUGUGAUGAUCGUUGUGUUUGGUCUGGAGUACAUCAUUCGCAUUUGGUCUGCUGGAUGCUGCUGUCGCUACAGAGGAUGGCAGGGGCGUCUGCGCUUUGCCAGGAAGCCCUUCUGCGUCAUAGACAUCAUCGUGCUCAUUGCAUCCAUUGCUGUGGUGUCGGCUGGCAGCCAGGGGAAUAUUUUCGCCACGUCCGCUUUGCGCAGCCUUCGCUUCCUUCAGAUCCUGCGGAUGGUGCGCAUGGAUCGACGAGGCGGUACCUGGAAACUUCUAGGAUCUGUAGUCUAUGCCCACAGCAAGGAACUGGUGACUGCCUGGUACAUCGGCUUUCUGGUGCUGAUAUUCUCUUCAUUUCUGGUUUACUUGGUGGAAAAAGAUUUAAACAAGCAGUUUGCCACCUACGCUGAUGCUCUAUGGUGGGGAACGAUCACUCUUACUACCAUUGGCUAUGGGGAUAAGACACCACAGACAUGGCCGGGUCGUCUCUUGUCAGCAGGGUUUGCUUUGCUGGGCAUCUCAUUCUUUGCCCUGCCUGCGGGUAUUCUAGGCUCAGGCUUUGCUCUAAAGGUGCAGGAGCAGCACAGGCAGAAGCACUUUGAAAAGAGAAGAAACCCAGCUGCUAGUCUUAUACAGGCUGCGUGGCGACUCUACUCCACAGACUGUUCCAGAACGUACCUGAGUGGCACAUGGCGUUAUUAUAAAAGUAUUCUUCCUCCUCAAAGUCAGAAACUGAGUUUUAAGGAGCGAGUACGCAUGGCCAGUCCUCGUGGUCAGAGCAUUAAGAGCAGGCAGACUUCACUGAAUGACAGACGAUCUCCUGUCACUGAAUUGGCCACAGAGGGGAGCAGCCCGGCCAAGGUGCAGAAAAGCUGGAGUUUUAAUGACCGAACACGUUUUAGACCAUCGCUCAGGCUCAAAAGCCAAUCACGUACCAUGCCUGAAGAGGAAUGUUUUGAUGAGAAGGGCUGUCACUGUGAUGUCUCUGUUGAAGAUCUGUCAGCACCUCUGAAGACAGUAAUCAGAGCUGUCAGAAUAAUGAAGUUCCAUGUGGCUAAGAAGAAGUUUAAGGAGACUCUGCGGCCAUAUGAUGUGAAAGACGUGAUAGAGCAGUACUCAGCCGGACACUUGGACAUGCUGUGCCGCAUCAAGAGUCUUCAGACUAGGGUGGACCAGAUUUUGGGGAAAGGACAGAUACCUUUGGACAGAAAGAUAAGGGACAGAAUCCUUCCAGAGGGGGAGUCACUGGAGCAUGACAUGAGCAUGCUGGGCCGUGUGUGUAAGGUGGAGAGACAGGUACAGUCAAUUGAAACAAAGCUGGACUCCUUGAUAGAUAUCUACCGCCAGGUUCUUCAUAAAGGCUCAUCAUCAGUGCUAGGUCUAUCAGCCCUUCCUCUGUUUGAGCUCGAGCAGACCUCUGACUACCACAGCUCAAUCCAGAGCAAAGAUAUCUCCUCCACUCAGCUUAGUGGCAGUGGAAUUUCUCGUUCAGUCAGUGACAACCUGCCCUGCGGCCUUCAACUUGUCCUAGCACCCAGCGAGCUCAGCAUGGGCACUGGCUACCCGAUGGCCUCCUCUUUCUCUCCAUCUCCUUUGCUUCAGAAUUCACCAUCUAGCCCAGACAGUGUGUAUCCAGCCUCUUCUCCUCCUAUCCUCACUCCCAACAACCUGUCAAGAACUCAUCCAUCCUUUCCAGAGCUAACCAAGCCACUUCCUGUGACCACUCCCAACACACACACACUGCAGCUGCCCAGUGUGGCUCCAACGCCUCCUAGCAGGCCUUCCAGCGUAAUCUCAGAGACUCUGCCGGAGAGCAGUACCAAUGCAUGCCACCUUAACAGCAAGACUGAAGCUGCUUUAGAUGCAGGGGCUAAAUCAGCUGAGAGCGAGGUGCAGUUCAGAGGCCGGCCUGAGCGCAGCCCUAAAGAGGAGAGCUCCUGGAGAAGACACUUAAGUCUUGAAAUUAAUCCACUGAGCAUCACAUCUUCAAAGGCAGUCAACUUGCUGCAGAAUGAGCGGGCAUUGGGGAAGUCACUAUCUGCUCAGAACCUCAUGCUGCCAUUAGGCACUGACUGCCACCCAAACCUGUCCGCUCGGAGUAGCGGCAGCAGCAACAACGAGUCCAGCGACCGGGAGACUCUGACAGACUGGGGUGAAACAGAACUCUUUAUCAAUGAUAAAGAGCUGACCAACAGCAAGGGGAACUUUAAUUUCCUCUCUGCACAGAGCACAGAUUCUAGCUACUCAGCAGAGCUUGUACAAAUGGCAACUGGUGGACCAACUCAGAGCCAGGCAGGUCCCUCAAAUAGCUCAGAGAAGCUGAGUCUGCCUCCUGGCCUUCUAAAGUAACAUCAACACACAGAACAGCCUCACUGUGGAAGCUGGACACAACCUAUAAUCCUAUAUGCUUUUUUUAAAAAGUAAAGGGAGUACCAGCUUCACUUUUUGCCUUUCUUAAAUUGCAGUGUUAGUUGAUGGGAUGGUGUUUCUCAUGACUUUUUGUUCUUUCAUGCCAUUGCAUGGAUGGUAAUAAAAGGCAUUAAAAGACCAA